AAUAGAUCACCACUAACCUCAAUUGCAACGGAUUGCGAGUUUUCUUUCAACACAACGACCGCAGUACUCACACAACGUGAUACCUGUGGCACCACCAUUCGUCUCUCUGCAUGCGCAUAGUACACCUCGAAUCGAAGAGACGGCGUCGCAACUGUUGACAUGCACUUAUGGAGUCUAAAUCCUGUAACGAUGGCGCAUUCAGUCGUUUUCUCAUAAUUUGUGCGUUCCAGUUUGGAACACAAAGAUAUAUUCGGCAAAUGCUCAACUAUCCAAGUCAUGUUGUUUUCGUGUUAAAGUACUGUAUUAAAUCAACACCAUUUACGACACUGGCAGAAGCAAACACCAUGCAAUUUGUGAUAAACCAUACCUCUAUCCCCGUUCCAAAGAUCUACUGUGCUUUUGAGCAUGCUGGCCGGACAUAUAUCGUUACGGAGAGGAUAGUAGGUCAAAAUCUGGCGCGAGGAUGGUUACAAAGGCCCGAGGCUUCUAAAGCGCGAAUUCUCGAGCAGUUGAAAUCUGUGGUCACACAACUUCGCGGUAUCGAACCACCACAAGACGUCGGCGUUGCAAAUGUUAAUGGGGGCCCAAUUUAUGAUCAACGGCUUCCUAAAAAGUCAAAGUGGGGUCCUUUCAAGACGAUUCAGGACUUCCAUAAAGAGCUCCGAAACGGAGUUGAAACCGAAGAUCUACGCGACCCGUUAUUAGUAGCAGGACUCUCUGAACUGAUUUCCUUUCAUAAUAAGUCUUGGCCAACGUCGGUAUUUACGCAUGGCGAUCUAAGCAGUCUAAACGUUCUUACACGUGAUGAUGAUAUUGUUGGGGUCAUCGAUUGGGAAACAGCGGGAUGGAUGCCUCCUUAUUGGGAAUAUACUUCGGCGUGGAACGUUAAUCCUCAAAAUAGGUUCUGGCAGGAGGAAGUCGACAAGUUUCUCACACCUAUGCCUUAUGAGUUGGAGAUGGAGAAGAUUCGACGAAAGUACUUUGGAGACUUUUAG